GUAUAGAUUUUGGACCAUGCUUUAUCCAAAUGGAAUAGUUUUGGUGAAUGGAAAGCAGUGUUGAGUAUUAAAUUACUGAGCAAGUAACUGACACUGCGCAGACUGUACUUGUAAUGCCGUCACUAUAUUUGGCAUUUAUGUUCGCUAAUUCUUCAACUAUUUUAUUCAUAUUGCUGGCAUCUUUUCAUACGGUCAUUACAUACACGCACUGGGUGCUCAAUGAUCAAGGUCGCAUUAGAUCAAAGGUGUAUUCUGAAUUCCAGCUGCGAAAACCAGAGAACUUAGUUAUUUUUUUACGCAUAGAUGAUGAUUUAAUGCACAUAAAACAAGUUAGAACAGAAUUAGCAAAGGAAAAGAAAUUUUUGGAAGUGGAAAGAGAUGAAGAAAUAGUGGAUUUGGUGAUGAAAUAUCAUGCUGAAGAUGAGCAUUGUUUACUUGCAAGAAAGCCAUUAAAGAAGUUUGAUCUAAAAAUCAGUACCCUCAUUCCUUUUAAUACUCUUGGAAUCAGGGCAUGAUGCUACACAAUAUGUAUAAUAUAAAACAAAUUCCGAAGAAGCAAGACAUCUUGAGAUUGCAAAAUAUGAAUCAAAACAAGACGAGAAGUAAACUGUAAAUUUUCGACUUUAUUUCAAAGUUAUCCUCAGACAGAAUGAUCAUGCUGUACUCAACACAUCCGUUAUUGUUUUAUAUUAUACUUCUUUAAAUUGUCGGUUGGUCAUGGUUUUUGGUCUACACAAUAUGCUUGUUGACUUUUUUCACAUUUCUCUGGUCGUUAAAUAUAAGUAAUUUACCAACUGAAAUCUUUUGUUUUCUUUAUCUGUACUUUCUAUAACUUUAUUAAAUAGUCCUGCUAGUAUCAUAGUGAGCAGUUCUUUUUGAUUGCAUGCAUAUGAUGAAUUAGUGGUGUUAUUAGGAAAUAAUUUAUAAGACUAAGAGGCAAUAAUAAUAAUGCACGAGUAAGAUAAACUUGUGUGUAAAUAACGAGUAAGAUAUAAUAAUGCACGAGUAAGAUAUAACAGUGAA